AUGUUCCUCUAUCUCUUAUGCAUUUGCCUUCAUGUUCCUUCGAUUCUGUCGUCGAUUCAAAUAAUAGAAGUCCGAGAAAAUGUCAAUAUCACGAUUACAUGCCACUUCGAUUCACCUAAAUCCAGAAGUCUCUCCAAUUCACUCACAUCCUUACUUUCGCAGAAUAAUCAAUCGGACAAUAUCAUUCUGUGGUACAAAGACGAUACACAAGUUAUCGGAGUCAAUUCAAUCUCGAAUAAUCCGAAGAAAUACUUGAUAAAUCAAGUGAACGCAGAUACGUAUCAAUUAACGAUAAUUAAUAUUCAAUUGGAAUCAUCUGGACUUUACAAAUGCCAGAAUUUUACAGCAAAAGAAGAGAAUCAUUUUCAAGUUAAUGUGAUUGUACCACCAUCGCGUCUUCGGUUGACAUCAUCGACCUCAUCACCUGUCCUUGCUGGCACAUUAGUUUCGUUUCAUUGUAGUAGCGAGCGUGUUUAUCCAAAUCCAAUAUUUGAAUGGUACAAAAACGAUAAGCUGAUUCAAAGUUCAAUCGGCAAUCAAACCGAUGCAUUGCUCUUUUCAAGUUCAUCGCUGUUAACACUUUUACUAACACCUGCUGAUCAUAAUAACAUUCUCCGUUGUCAAGUGUCCAAUAAAGCAAGUGUCGAAGAGACGCGUAUUGAAGUCAAACUCGAUAUCUUAUUUAAACCGUUAAUCACAUUUUCCUUCAAAGACAAAGAACUUGCAGCGAAUACAUUAACAGUUGUUGAAAAUACGUUUGAGAAGAUCCAUUGUCGGACAUCGUCGAAUCCACCGCUCAACUCGAAUAUUGAAUGGUUUAAGAAUGAUCAAUUAAUUCUAGGAGAAAAUCAAGAACAAUUACGAGUCAAUUUUCAUGGCAUCGACAAAUUAUCGUGUCGUGCGAGAAAUUCCAUUGGACAAACAGAAGCAUACCUCGAUGUCAAUAUCCUUUACAAACCAAAAUUAUCUAUGAUCGAAAAUGUCACAUUAAAUCAGAAUGAGAAAUUGGUUUUAAAAUGUUCGAUUGACGCUAAUCCUUGGUGUGAACAAAUUCGUUGGCUAUUUAAUGAGCAAGAAUUGGUUAAGGAACCGUGUACAGAUAAGAAAUUCACAGAAUAUGUCAUCGAGAAAGUCGAUCGAUCGAAUACAGGAAAAUACAUAUGCGAAGUGAAGAAUUCAAUGAAUACCAGUUCUAGCGAUCACUUCGAUGGAAUUGCAGUUGCCUCGACCGAUGUUCGAGUACAAUACGAACCAUUUAUAUUAAAUUCUUACAAAAAGCUGGCGGUCGUUGAAAAUUAUGAUGUUAAAGCUGAAUGCAUUGUUGAUGCGUAUCCAAAACCUGACAUUAGUUGGUUUGGUCCAUCGGGACAACGAUUAAGUUUAUUUACCAAAGAAAAAGUGUUCAACAAUACGAUCACCAUAUCUGAAUUGCAUUUGCCACUAUCUUAUUCACCAAUCCUUGGACAAUAUCGCUGUACUGGAAAGAAUGAUUUUGGUCAACGUGAAUUCGUGAUUAAUUUUCAACGACCUGGUUUACCCGAUCCACCGAUAGGCUUACAGGCAAGCAAUGUCACUCAUUCAUCAUUCGUAUUGAGUUGGCAACCAGGUUAUGACGGUGGUUCCGAGCAAAUGUUCUAUGUUUCUCUUGAUGACAACUCGACAAAUGAAAGAGAAACUCUUCUCAAUUCUUUGCGCUUCGAUGAUUUAAAUUCCAAUACGCGAUAUUCGGUAAAAAUUCGUUCGAAAAAUGAUAUUGGCUAUAGUGAUUAUUCAUCGAACGUGAUCAUUACCACAAAACAAACACCUGUCGAACUGGAAGCAUUUCCAAGCAUUCAACGAGCGUAUUUCACUCCUGAUGGACGACGAAUACGCUUUCAGUUGAGUCCACUGCAGCCAUCGAUGAUGUUACUCGAUCAACUCUGUAUUCAACAUUAUAAUAGCGAAACUAUACCACCAUGUAUUCCUCUUACUUCACUCGAAGCAUUAAAAGAUGGUUUAGAACUGCAAGUCGAAGCUAUGGGAAUACGUUUGAAAUUAUGUUUAAUUAAUCAAACAGAUAUCUGUUCGAAAUUUGUCACCAUUCCGACGACUAGUCAACUAUUCAAUGAUUCAUCCGAAUUGAUUUUGAUUAUUACUGGAAGCGUUUUUGGUUUGUGUAUUGUCCUUGGAUUGAUCGUACUGUUCGUUUGUGUACACCGGCAACGGCGGCGAGUGAAAGCAAAGAAUGGUUCAACGGACACACUGAAGACUACUUCAGAAAAUGGUGUCGCCAACACUUCAGUUCGUGUCAAUGAAACCAAUUCACGUUUAUAUUAUCCAUCGCAAGCUGUAUUUUAUAAUGACGAACAUACAGGUGUCUAUUCUCUUCAACAGAAACCAAAUUCGAUUUGUCUUGAUUCUGGUAUGCCAUCAACCACAUCGGAUAAUUCCGAUUCGGUUGGUUCUCAAGUACUAUCAGGUUCGGAUUUCUACGAACGAUCUGAUGGUGAAUAUCUGGUCAAUGGAAGAAUGUCAACGAACAGAAUGAUUCUGUCGGCUUAUUCAUUCGCACGAGAAAGAGAUCAACAUGUGAAUAUUCCAAUUCAUGAACGAAUCUCGUCGUCAGAAGAGGAAAGUGGUUUCUCCACACCUACUCGACUUCACAAUGGCAAAAAACUUAUCUACGAAGUUGUUGUAUAA